GAUGUCAGAAGACCAUCACACACGUGGAGAAGCUUGGAGUGAAUAUUAUCGGAUGUGAAUGUGAAAGCAUCACGCGGACACACCCCGCCUCUUCCUCGACAGUUUGUGCAUGGACUUUAGCCCCCAAACACACAGGCAAUAAUUCGCGUUAUUGAGCGGCCAUUCGCACUGUUCCUCUGUGACUGAUAAUUUACAACCUUAUUAUAAACUAAAUUAGCAUUGAAAGAAUUUAGGCGUCAUUUCUGGGAACCGUCGUGUCAACUAGGAAAGUGAAAGAGAAAAAAAGACUUCGCCGCGGGGGAUAUGGAUUGACAGUAAGAAAUAUUAACGAUAGAUAGAUCAUGGCAACUGAGCAAAACUUUGGCAAGUGGAAUUUUGCACUGUUCCUACUUGGUUUUGCGCUGUACCUGACUGACAUUGGGACCGAUCUUUGGGUUGCUGCUGUGUACUACAUCGACGGGUACCGAGUGUGGGCUCUCCUGGUGCUGUUAGUGAUACUGGUUUCUGCAGUGAUCCUGCAGAGUUUCAGCUGGUCCUGGUAUGAAGACGAUGAGAAUAAUCCAGACCUCGGUAACCCAGGCAGCGUCUGUGGGCGUUGGUGUCGCCGUGUGCUGCAUAUUUUUCAGAUGGGAGUGCUGUUCAGAUACAUAAAGGCACUUGAUUAUGGAUACCGGGCAGCAUUUAAAACAGAAGAUACUCACAGGAAGGCCAUAUACUCAGUUACAGAUUUGAGCAUGUUACGGUUGUUUGAAGCAUUUUUGGAAACUGCACCUCAACUUGUUCUUCAGGCCUUCAUCCUGCUGAAAUCUGAUGACAGAGAAUAUAUUCAGUAUGUGUCUGUGAUUUUGUCAUGCAUGAGCAUGUCAUGGGCUACUUUGGACUAUUAUGCGGCACUAAAAAAAUCUUUAUCUGAUCAACCAAAGCUAACCUGCGGAUUCCCUUCUUUGUUGUACUUUUUUUACAAGCUGUUGACACUUAAUGCAAAAAUUUUGCUCAUAACCCUUCUGGCGACGACAAAUGUCAUCGUUGUCAUUGUCUACCUGUGUGUUUUAUGGUUGGUUAUGCUUAUUUGUGUAUUUGUGCAGAAUACAAACUUCUGUACAUCCACGAUUCAGGAAGUUAUUUACAAGGCAGUGGUUGCCAUCAUCUUAGUUUUCACCUUUUUCAAUAUAAAAAAUAAUAAUACAAGAUUGGUUAUGACCCUCUAUUAUACCUUUAGAAUUCUUGAAACUGUUUCACUUCUUGUCUUCUGCUGGUUUCUCAAAUGUUCUGCGGUUGAUAAAGACUUUGAUUUCCCUGUUAGUGUAACCAUUGGGUUGUCACUAAUACUAGGGGUUAUUUGCCUUGUGUUGUACUACAGUUAUUGCCAUCCAACAAGGGCAAAUGAUCAAGACGUUGAAGGUUCUGACAAUACACAGGAAUUACAAACAUUUUGUGAUGAAGUCGAUGGAUGCCUAUCUAAAAAGCCAACAGUUAUACUCAACAAUAUAAAUGAAAACAGCACUACGAUUCAUUCAACAGUUGCUAAAUCCAGAAAUAUAAAUAGUAGAUUAGCAAAUUGUUUAAGUGUUUAAUUAAAGAUAUCAUUGGAGUCAAUUGACUUCCUUCCACAGAUGGAGGGUGUUAUAUUUGGUGUCAAAAAUACGUCAUUGUUGGGACAUCAUAAUUUUCUGAUCUGAAGCCACUGAUGAUGCCACCCUAAGCCCACACUGCCUCCCCGCCUUCCAGACCAAGCUGCCAAUGGCGGCCCACACCUCCUCCCGGGCUGCUUCCAGGCCGCACUUACUGCCACUACCGCUGACCCACACAGAUUCCUUGGCCGCUCCAAGGCCGUUCCUGCCCCCACCACUGGCACCGGCGGCCCUUACCUGUAGUUUGGCCGCCCGAGGGUGGCGACCAAUGACUCUUACGAUCCCCGCCUCUCCUACGCUCAGCCACCAGCAAGCAGGGCAUCAACUCACCUGGAUUCCAGGCCCAGUCCCAGAUCGAGAGUCUGAAGAAGGGUCUCGACCUGAAACGUCACCUAUUCAUGUUUUCCAGAGAUGCUGCCUGACCUGCUGAGUUACUCUAGGACUUUGUGUCGUUUUGCGCAUAAACCAACCUCCACAGUUCUUUGUUUCUACAACUUACACAAUGAUAAUUCCUUACUCGGAUAGAGUGGAAAAUUGUUAAUAAUGGGCACCAUUCCCUCCCCUCUGGUCAAUUAUAACGAGAAUUUACUGUAUCGCUGUUGCGAGCAUCAUGAGAAUAGCACAGAGAAUGAACUUUCAUUUACAAGACACUUUUCAUGGCUUCAGGAUGUCCCACAGUAUAUUGCCGCCAAUGAGGUAGUUAUGAUGCAUUGUUAUUUUAAUUGCAUGAAGCAUGUGCCAAUUUACACAAAAUGCUCUUUUAAUGAAAAUUGAGAUGAAUGCCAGACAAUUAGUUGCAACUAUAUCGCUCGAUGGAGUUGAGGGUGAUGAGAAGAUAUAGGGUAGGGCUAGUCAUUGGGUGUUGGGGAAUGAGACAUGGACUCGUAUAUUCAGCUGGGAUACCUAGGGAACUUUUCUGGUGCUGAAUAGCCUCCUACUGUAUUUUUUAUUCACACUCAGAUUGUGGUUUGGUUGAACAUAUCAACCAACAGAAAACAACUCCUUUAACUCUGAGGUGCCAGAGAAAUCUCAUUGUUUUAUUUAUGAAUUUUU